AUGGACACCAGCGGCAUCAUCAUCAACUCCUCGGUCGAGCUGGAGCCUGGGGUUCUGGCCGCUAUCGCGGACGGCCGCUGCGUGCCCGGCCGCCCGGCUCCGACCGUCUACGCCAUCGGCCCGGUGAUCUGGUUCGCCGCCGCCACGCCUGAGCAGCAGCCGCACGCGUGCGUCCAGUGGUUCGACACGCAGCCGUCGGCCUCAGUCGUGUUCCUCUGCUUCGGAAGCAACGGGGUCCUCGACGUAGCGCAGGUCAGGGAAGUCGCCGCUGGCCUGGAGCGCGGCGGCCACCGCUUCCUUUGGGUGCUGCGGGGGGCGCCGGCCGCCGGCUCGCGCCACCCGACGGACGCCGACCUGGACACGGUUCUCCCCACAGGGUUCCUGACGCGGACUCGGGGGCGCGGGCUCGUGUGGCCUGCCUGGGCGCCGCAGAAGGAGAUCCUGGCCCACCCGGCCGUCGGCGGCUUCGUGACCCACUGCGGGUGGAACUCCAUCCUGGAGAGCCUGUGGUUCGGUGUGCCGAUGGUGCCGUGGCCGCUCUACUCGGAGCAGCACCUGAACGCGUUCGAGCUCGCCAGGGACAUGGGCGUCGCCGUCCACCUCAAGAAUAUGGACGUCACCAGGGCGGACUUGCUUGUGGAGGCAGCCGAGCUGGAGGCGGCGGUGUGGGGCCUGAUGGGCGGGACAGAAGGGGGCAGGAAGGUCAAGGAGAAGGCCGCGGACAUGAAGGACGCGUGCCGGAAUGCCGUGGUGGAGGGCGGGUCAUCGUACGUUGCGCUUCGGGAGCUCAUGCGCGGUCUCUGCCCCGGCGGUGGGGCACCGUCGCCGUGA